AAAGUAAGAGCCCGGUGUGAGGUACGACUUCUUAUGUAAUGAAACGACUUUUAGUGCAGUUUCGCUCUCAUCACCGCCCGCCCGGUCCGCAGCCAAACCUGAAGGAACCGUACGCUGCUGCUACAGGUUUCUGGGGGCGGAGUCAAACAGCUGGAUCGUCUCGUGGCGGCGAUGCGAACCAGACCGAUUGCACGAGCGAGCCUUCCCCCCUCUCUAGCUCUGAGCAACGACGGCUAACGGGACGGCUGCUCGUCGGGGGGAGAGAGAGAAAAAUAAUUCGAUAAAGAAAUAAGGCUAAAACGUGUCCGACGAGUGUAGCGUGGACUGAUUUGGGACUGCUGGAGGUGUGCAGGACAGGUCGCCGUACUCGAAAGUGAGAAAGGAAACACCAAAAAGUUUCUCGCUAACGUAAGAGCAGAAGCUAAAAGGGCGCAUCUUUCCAGCCAAGUGUCUCAUCUGCCAUCCUCCAUCUUCAAGAAAAUGAAUCAGCUGGUGGUGGUGCAGAUGUUAGUCACACUCAGUUAAAUGUUAGAACUACUUGAGCAGAUAUCGCUCGGCUGGCCGAAGAGGAAAAAGAAGAAAGGGGCUGUUCUAGGUGCUGGAAGAUGUCUUUGUGGAUGAUACUGCCCGUUAGCCUCCCAGUUCUGACCAUCACUGGGAUAUGGGUUGUGUACGCCAUGGCCCUGUACAACCAGCAUGUCUGCCCUGUGGAUAACUGGUUGUACAACGUGUCAUGUGAAGAGGAGCUGUUUUUGCAGAGCGGGCCAACCUUGUGCUGCACACUUGACAAUGUACCUCUCAUCAGUAAAUGUGGGACUCUUCCUCCAGAGAGCUGCUUCUUUAGCCUUAUCUGCAGCACGGGAUCAUUCAUGGUUAUGGCCAUUGUGCUGCUGCGCUAUGCCCACGUUAUUGAAAAGCACCAAAACUGUGUUCUUAACACGGCAAGUCUUUCAACAGGCUGGAUCUGUGCUGCUGGUCUCAUCAUGGUGGGCAACUUCCAGGGCCUCUGCUCAGCAGAACUGGGAGGAAUUUUACGGGAAGAGCCAGGGGGAAGUGGAUAAUGCCAAAGUUCUCCACUAUGUCGGAGCAGGCAUCGCCUUCCCCACCAGUAUGCUGUUUGUAUGCCUGCAGUCUGCGCUGACGUAUCGACUGGCCAAGACCCAGGGGGAAUACAACGUGGCCCACCUCCGGCUCUGCAUGACACUGCUGGCCUUCGUAGCCUUGGUGCUCAGUGGUGUGUUUUUCUGUCAGGAGAGCUUCGUCCUGCAACACGCGUCAGCCAUCUUCGAAUGGGUGUUCUGCGUCAUCAUCAUGCUGUUUUACGGGACAUUUGCCUUCGAGUUCGCCGGCAUGUCGGGAGAUACCAUGGCGGUGCUGGCUAGAGGCGGGGCCCUGGGACCUGGUGGGAGAGAACACAAGGUGGACGCACUGGGAGGGCCCGGUCCACACUCACACUCACAUCCACACCAGCCUGAAAGCAUGUCCAUACUGUAGCUCGCUGACGCAACCUUGAUGCCUCACAGUUGGCUUGUUAAUUCCUUUCAAAUUCUGGUUGUCGAAUGAGUUUAAUUAUUCGUUUCCAGACACGGUCGUCUGAAGCUUUGAAAUGAAGCAGGCCAGUGCAGUCGCCGUUCAUGGCAGAGUGGAUUCUGCUAACUUUAACCCUAGCAGUUGCAGAUCUGCUGCCACAGUGGAGAGCCCUGCUUGUAUUCUGCGCACGUGAGAUCUCAGUGUCUUUAAAGAACUUAUUUGCAAUUUGCACAUUGCACAAGUGUGAAACCAAAUUUUGUCCCGUCCUCAGAUCAGCGGAGGAGUAUUUUGUCAAUCAGAUCAAGAAGAUGUUCUGUUCCCAUCCUUAAAUCCUUUAACCUGUCUAAAUAAGUGGCUUAUUUCCACUUCAGGUGUCUGGCGCAAAGCUUUUGUUGUACAUAAAGGAGCGAAGGCUGCUGGACAGCCUUGAUGACAGUAUUACAGCAGUGAGACAGAGCGAGAGAAGCAGAGAGGAAAGUAUGAUGUAUGAAAGUAUGUUACAAUGGGAGCAAGGUCAGACCUGAGGCUUGUUUUCCCACAAGAGGGUAGAUGAAUGCAAUAAAUUCAAAGUUACAGGCUGUCAGAUAGAAGAGCAUAUGAAUGUUUAAGUCAGUCGUGGAGGUGGGUGCAUUUUGCAAUCAUUUAAACCUGCAUUAAGCAAUAUGUUUGAUAUGUUAGAGAGUCCUUUAUUGUAGAGAAUUCCUUAAAAAUGACCAUUAAACAUAGUUUUUUUUGCUGCUCUCAGUCUGCAUACUGUUUCAGGAAGGCUGUGUGCUUUAUACCCAAGUUAACAAGCUGUAGGUAAAGAAAGUCGACAAUGUAGCAAUGGUAGCCAGUUUGGUCAACAAAGGCAUAAAGGAAAGUGAAAAUUGGACUCUCACUUUCCAGCUGGUCAUUAUGUGUCUGUUGGCUGUAUAAGGAGGUACAGACAUUAGCUGUAACAACUUUUGUUUUGUUGUCAAAAAUUGCUAGAUGCAGCUUUUUAAAAAUACACACCAACAACAACUUUAUGUUUGAUCAGCAAAGCAUCCGUGGGACCAACAGCCAGCGCAAACUGUCUUUUUAUGUGUUGGUAGUGGUAUUUGGUAGCCAUAUCAUCAGUUAGGGUUAGGCAUAGUUAGGCAUACAGAGCAUACAGUAGUGCCUCGUAAUUCAAACCUCAGUGGCUUUCUCUUUUCCCUCUUGUAAAGAUAAAUACACUUCAUCGACCUUAAACCUCAAAUGGCAUUGGACUCAACUUCCUCUCUGUAAAGAAAAUCAAAAAGAGAGAUGACACAGUGUCAAGAGGCCAGAUGUGCACUAGGUAAUUCAAGCCAGAGCUCUGGAUUUAUUGAGUUUGGUGAUGAGGCACCGCACGUGUUAUCAGGUCCGAUGGACGGAGGUCUGCAUCUCAUUAUUCCCCAACAAGAAGUAGCAGAAACAGGCUUUAAUUGCUUUACCUACUUCCCUUUUCUUUGAAACGCUUUGAAACGCAGGGAAAAGGAAGGCAAUAACUGAGAUGCACUAUCCUGCUUCUCUCACCAUUCAGCAGAAUAUACCAUAUCUCCGCUUGCCUGUGGUAACGGUGCUAAAACACAAAAAAGCCUUAUCCUAUCAUGUUUCCCCGAGUUUAGCUGUGAUUGUGUUUUUUUAAGCGAAAGCAAUAAAUCGGAGAUGUAGAGUGAGAAUAGUGGACGAGCAGGGACAGAAGGUUGCAUCCACGCCUGUGAGUGCCAGGAAUACCAAAGCGGAUAUGUGGCGCCACCGAUUCUACCUACAGUGACUUGAUAUCUGUCAGUGUGGUUCAGCUCCACUGUUGAGUAGCUUUUGCCGUCAGUUGUCGCUCUGUGCAAAUGCUCAAGUGAUGAAUUCAUUGACUUUCUCUGACGUUCUGUGCUAACUUGUAAUGCAGAGUUGUGCCAUAAAUGCUGUUUAUAUUUUAGGGAAUGUUCAACAUCUCAGUGUAAUAUUAACACACUUUGAGCUCUCUGGUGAAAAAACAGAGCUGUCAGAGGGUUUACAAACAGCAGUCUUCAGCCAGUAAAAAUACCUCUGCCCCAAACCACAGCUGACCACACGUUUGGGCAGAGGUUUCUUUAGUGUCAUUAUUUUGGGUGCCACUCUUUAAACACAGCUUUACAAUCUGUCACAGAAGCAGUGUUCCUCCAUCAGACUCAACGUAUGAACGCUCUCAACACGACUGUAAUGAAAAAGCUUGCACAUGCUGCUCUGUGGGAUGACCUGGAAGCAUCAACCACACUGCUGAUCACUUGCUUCUCUCUACUGGUCAAACAGCUUAUUGCACACAAGUUUGUGUUGCAGUCACAGCUGUAAUGUUGUAGCUCAGCUCACAUGAUAUCUGUUUUUCUACUUGAAAAUUUUAAUAUUCACAGCUAAAGACGUUGAGUCAACUACAUGUUAGGUCACACCUGCUUUUGUUUUACUUCUGAAGUUGGAGCUUGGUCCCAGGUAAAACCCGGCCCUGUGUCGCUACUUAAACAAUAUGCAUUAUUCUAGGAAAUCAUGUAAAUGAUAAGCCAAAUGAUGGUGCUGCUCAUGCUGCUUUAGCAACAAACAUUUUGUCUUCAAAUAGUUACUGAAUGUGUUUAAUUGUAUUUCGUGAUUCACGGCCCUGCUCCCAGUUAAACACUAAAAAAUGUAUACGAAAUGGUUACGUUAUUUCAGUCAGAUUCACAUUUUGUAUCGCUCUGUUGGCCUCUUCCUCUCUACUUUCUAUCCUUUUUUCUCUCGUUUACCGAUCUGUCUGAACUUUGCACUCAGGAAAAUGUUACGACACCAGCUGCAUUGUUUGAACGAUUCAAAGCAGGAUGACCUCUGCUUGCUUCUGCCUUCUGUUGUCUUUGUGUAAAUGGAGCUUGUUUAUUGAGGAUUCAUCAUGUUUUAUAUGUUCUGUGUAGUGUAGGUGCAAUGGUUAGCCAUAAUAUAAUAGAUUAUUUUUGUUAAUCAAGACUCUGUAAAGAUUAAAAAUAAACAUUCCCGUAUAGUUGGCUUGUGAGAAUGGUUCUGCUGCUCACAGGAACACGGUUAAAUGUUUGCAAGAAAGAUUAGCAAUCAGUAGAUGAUUGGUGAGAGCAUUCUGACAAACUAACUCGCAUCUGUACAGUAAACCUCACAAAACUCAAUUCUCAAAUGCAAACUGCUCCCUAUGUGCCUUAUGUAUUAUUUUGAUAAUGAAAACCAAAGAGGUUUAGGUUGUAAAUUCUAUUUUGAUGAAAAGUCAUAUGAUUGUAUAUAUAUGCCUUAAUGUUCAACAAAUAAAAACCCUUUUAAAUAAUAAAA